CAAGCGUUGCCACAGACCACAGACAGAUUACAAAAUUUGCUGCAAGUUUGUGCCUGGUUUCAUAAAAUUUUUUAUUUCUUCUUUUAGAUUUAGAAUCCAUUUUAAGAUACACUAGUCACUACGCUUGAUUUUAGUGUAUUAUUUUCCCGUGAACUUUAAAUGUGACUUCCCAGACGUUCUAUUCUCCAUUGGAUACACUGUAUUGACACUAAUUGUAUCUCGUCGUAAAGUAUUAUAGUUCAACAGUUUUUUAAAAAGUACGUCGUAUUACUCGUAAUUAUUAAUUUGUAUGUAUCUAAAGUUGUAAGGAAAUCGUAAUUAAUAAGUUUCACCGCAGUAUCAAUCUUAAAAGUGCAUGGAAUGUGAUGACAAUGGGAUCAAGCGUGCAGCUUCGGCAGCGGCGGGUGGGCGCAGGCUCCAGCGGAAGCGCAGAGCUGCUGGUGCAGGCGUCGUGCGGCUGGCGCUCCCCGCUGCAGUGCCUGGCUCGGCUGCUGUGCGACCAGUACAAAACCAUCACCUGUCGCCUGCUGCCCCGGCCCUGCCCUCAUCACAUCUUCAACCACAGGAUCCUCCCUUUAUGAACAACAUGGAUGAGAUAUCAUACUGGAUUUACACCAAGAGAGCACCCUGUCUCUUCAACUAUGACAACAUUCUGAAGAAACAAGUGGAGCAAGCUCAAUGCUCUACAGCGAAGCCGCCAAGUGUUAAAAGCAAAAUUGAAGAUGAAUCACCCAGAAAGAAAAGAAAAUUGCAACUGUUGGACGAUGAUUCUGUAUCUACAGAAAAGCGACAGAAUGUGUACUUCAAAGCUCCACAGAAUCAAAAACCUGCAAUUGAGAGUCGCAAAUCUGAUAUGGAUGGCUCUGAUACAGAUUUCAAUAUUAAGCCAUCAUCAGCACAGAAGAAGUCAAAAAAGAUGAAAUUACAAAAAAAUUGUCAACGAACAGUGUGUAAAAAGACUAAAAUUGCUACAUCAACACCCAAAGCAAGUUUAAGGAGAAGUCUUCGAACGGCUCAGCGGAACUUAAACUGUACCUUUCAAAUAUACAAUGCUAGUAUCAUGAACGGUAAACAAGAUGCACAGAAAGCAGGAGACACCAAUCUACUGCAGAACCCACCCACCAACAACAGAAGCAAGAGCAAGGUAACAAUGCCCGGGAAAGACACCAUCAAAAUGGAAAUAAACGGCCAGUUUGAGGACAUGAGUGAUGUGUCUGGUUUGACAGCUAACUACAUCCGUUCCACCAAAAUGCAGUCAUCAAAGAGGCCAAACAAAUUGAGGAACCAAAAUAAUAGGAACCUCUCUAAACAAGCUAACCAGGCUGAGCCUAACAAAGUGAUAGCUUGUGUGAACAAGUCUGUCAACACAGGUUUCCCUGACACUGGUGCUAUGAAUUGCAGCUCUGACUCGUCACAAAAUGCUCUUAAAUUAGUAUCAAUGAGAACUCACAGUCAACCUACUGGGGUGACACAAAGCACUUCUCUAAUAAAAUUGAUGGAACCAAACUUGGAAGGCAAUAAUACUAGAAACAAAAUUACUAAACAAGAUAGUAAAAAUAAUUUACACAUUUCUUUCCAGUCUGGAAGCAGUGGUGCGUCCAGGUAUCCUCGAAGGCACAAACACAAUCCCACAGAAACUCCUGAACCAAACUGUUCAACUAAAAUCAACAAUAACUCUAGAACAAAACCCUGCAGUAGUAAAUACAACAUGCGCAAGGGAACAAUAAACUUGAAUCUGAAGGAAAAUUCAGAAGAGAGAAUAAUUUCCAGGCCUAGAAGUGGACAGAGAAGACGUUUAAAAACUGAUGUCGAGGAAACUGAUAAUUCAGUGGUGCAAUUGAAGAGCUCCACUGAUCAGGUGAGCUCUACUCCAGUUGUGAACGUAGCUCGUCUAAAUAUGAAGAGCCCCAAGAAGAACAAUACCACAUCCAGAUGCCUCCGCAGCCGAACAAAGGACAAAGUGGAACGGCCGUGCAAGGACUCGGCUAGUGAGGGAAGUAAUAAGAAACUCGGCGACGGCAUGAACUGUGCCUUAGAACAAUCUGUACAAAAAUCUGUAAGAAAAGGUAAAAAGACAGUGACUAAAAGCCGACCUUCGUUGAGGGACUCGUCGAGGAACAAGAGUGGUUUUGCGGCUUGUUUCUCUGACAGUGAGAGUGACAGUGAACCUCUGAGACUGAGACAAAGCAAGUUUUUCUCUUAGCAUUUUAAACAUUGUUAAUAAUUGUAAGAGCCCUCGCACUUUGCAUUUUCACAAGAGAAGCAACUAAAGGCUAAGUUACACAACAACAGUGACAAUAGGCUAGUUGACACUUUUUUAAAUGUUCUUAAAUAGUUCAUUAACAUUCUACUAGACUGAAAAAAAAUUUUUCAUAUCUUUUCGAGACGGGACUACAUGAAAAUUUUAGUUUUAAAUAUGUUUUUGACAAUACUACGCAAAACACCUGUAGGCCAUGAUGGUCUAUGUUUCAACUGUUUCAUGACGUCGAAAAGUUGGAGGUGCAUGCCCCGGACAGGAUUCGAACCCACACCCUCCAGAAUCGGAGGCAGAGGUCAUAUCCACUAGGCUAUCACGGCUGAGUAUUUAUACAUUAUAUAAAUGUAUAUGAAUAUUACAAUAUCAACUAUCUUAGUACCCAUAAUACAAGCAACUCUGUAUGCUUACUUUGGGGCUACAUAGUGAUGUGCAUGGUAUAAGUAUAUAUUUAUUUAUUUAUUUUAAUAUGUAUACAGUCACAAAUUCAGUUCACAACAUGACUGGACUUCUAUUGUGAAAAUGUUGAGCGAGGUACAUAUGAUAGCUUUGAGCUAAUAAAUAAUAUUAUUACUGAAAUUUCACUCUGGUAGUUGUUUUUGGCAUACGUCAUACUCUCUUGUAUAAAUAUUGGAUCUGUUUGAGACAGUUUUGGAGCUUUAUUCCAUGUAUUACGAUUAAUCUGUGCAUCUAAACAAACAAUCAUUUAUACAUAUUCUAUUUUAAUAGGAAGAUUUAGCUUUACUGUUAUUAGUAGGUGUACAGACGGUUGCAUUUGUUUCUGAAACUGAAGGAAAGUUGGCUCCCCAUUGUAUCACCCUAAUAAUUGAAAAAUGUGAUAUGAAUAGUAUUGCUAUUGUGAAUACCGCUUAGAGAUUGCGUUUUUGACAGCUCGGUUGAAUGGCCGAUGGAACUGGCGUACAAGGUUGUUGAACUGCGCUGUUACAAGGUUUUGCCAAACAUUUGUCUUUGUAGUAAUGAGACAAACACCGAAUUGUAAUUGAAUAUGUUUUUUGAUCACAACCUGUCAUAAACGCAAUCUCUGAGCGGCCGGAUGUUAACACUCCUUCAGUUACACAAACACGUUUGUCCUGUCAACUUACUACUGCAGCCAAAGCCAAUUCUUCAUCAUAAAUUUAGAAUAUCUAAGAAAACAUAUAUGAAUAACAAAAGAAAAAAUUAUUUAAAAACAGUGAUAUUUCAAAUAUCUUCAAUUAAAUUGAUUUGAGUAAAUAAAUUGUCAUUUACAACUAAUAUAAUUACUAUAAUAUAAAGGAGAUGGUCCAUUUUAGGUCCACUCUUGUACCCUGAAUCAUUAAAAUUUAACAAAUACAAGGAUUUUAUUAAAAUCUAAAUAAAUUAAUAAAUCUAAAUAAAAUUAAAACCCAAGUUUUUGAGUUAUAUCAAGAUGGCGUCCUUAUAAGUAUGACCAUGACAAUUGACAGCAAACUUCAAAUCGACUACUGCAUUGAAAACGUCAUCAAUCUGCCAUUAUUACCCGUAUUAGUGUUGAAUUUCUUGGGAGAGAAUGAAUAUUAUUUCAAAAGAAAUAAAGUAAAUUCGUAGAUUUGUUUAAUCAAAAAUAACUAAAAAAAUAUUUUCUUUUAUUUCCGCCAGGGUACAAUGACUGAUCCUGGGCUCCAAUUUUGGACCAUCUCCUUUGUAAUACCUCUGUCCAAAAAAAUUAUCAACACCAUUGUUUUUACAUAAUCACAUUUUAUUACCUAAAAUCCUGUCAUUCAUACCUAAGGUAUAAUGUUAUGUGAUUGUAAAUAUCCAUACAGUUUAUACAAGAAUUACAGAAGAAUGUUUGUGUGUUUGUGCAUCACUACUGAGGUUAUGAGAGAAGCUGAUGUAUUUAUAUUAAGAGCUUGCUUCAAGGAUGUUAAAGCUGACAACAAUGGGCAAGUGUGCUGUAGAUAUUGUUCAAAUUGUAAUAUUGUAGAACAAGAGCUUGCAAUAGCACAUUAUACGAAGGCGGAAUGUUUGUCUGUCCGUAGUAUAUGUAGCCAUUUAUAGUUUGAAGCAAAUUCACUUUUCAAGGUGUGGGUUUCAAGGGUCCAAACUUUUGACUAUUUAUAUUAGGCACCUGGGUCGCUAGAUAUUACAACUCUAGCAAAGAUCAAUGAUCUAACGCGUUUAUAAAAACUGUUGCUAUAGAAUCGAUGUUUCACUGUUGUAAUCGUUUUCGUCGUGUAAAGAGCUCCCCAAAAAUGCCGGUUUGUGUAGUUGAAUGGCAUAAAAAAUGGCCAACUACAUGUAGUUUACUAAUAGAUGGAGUUACGUUUUAUUUGUAUUUCUACCUUGAUUAUAUCAAAUUUGUAAUAAAAACUAUCUAAAAAGAAUCGAUUCUUCUGACGAGUACCUAAUCUGUGGAUAGUCUCGCCAAUGUGUUUCUUAAUCUGUGUAAAAAUUACGCGUGUGUGCAUUGCGAAUCUAAUUUAUAGUUGUGUGUAGUGUAUGGACACAACAUAUAUAUUUUAAUGGUGUUAAAUAUUUUCGAAUCUUAUAAAGCUGUUUGUUUGCUUUAACUCUCGCUAAUCUCAGGAACUACUGAUCCGAUUUAAAUAGCCCAUUUAUCGAGGAAGGCUAUAGGCUAUAUAUUAUCCUCGUAUUCCUACGGGAACGGGAAUCACGCGAGUGAAACCGUGCGGCGUCAGCUAGUGGUUAAUAUAAAGCUAAGUGACUGGCGAUCGGAGAUAUUUCUCAUGUUAUGCCAUGGAAAAUAUUAAAAAAAUAUAUUUGGACAGUUGAGGACCCUUGAAACCUUCCAAAAACACCACAGUCCAAAUUCUAUAAAUAGCUACUGUAGGUAUAGUGGGAUGCAAUGCGCGCGCAGAAUAAUGCCCCACCGCGGCCCCCCUACGUUGCGGCUGAUACCUAAAAUCUUGUAUUGCACAGCUUAAAGCACGAUGCAUGGAAACGUCAUAAAGAUUGUUUCCGACUAUACUUACAUGUACCUAAUAGGCGCAUAUGCUACAAAACUCAGCCUUUGGCAUGGUUUGUGUGGCUAUUGCAUGCUCUUAGUGCAUUGUGUUAUUAGUGAUUAGUUAUUUGUUAACUUAUUAUAUUUAGGCGUUUUUAUGAAUGAAAUUUAAAUACAUACUGGAUGUACGAACACGAAUAAAAUUUGUGUUUCGUGCGCAAAUUUUAUUGUAAGUGCCAUUUUAAGUGACUAUAAUUUUAAUCAACUGUAUCUGUGUCUGUGACCACGACAGUCUGUUGUUGUCAUAGUGCACAUUGUAGUUUAGACUACGUAUAUUAAAACUGUUUAUUUUGUAUUAAAUUUUUGUGUAAUAAAUACAUACUUUCACUGUU